AAAUCGAACUUCAUCAGUUGAGCCCCGCCGACCUGUUGUGGCCCUGUUCGUUCGUUAUCUUUCCACGAGAAGAACGUCCGGACGGUGGAUUCUGCAAGUUAUUAAGAAUACAAUAACUUGAUUGUUGAGUAGUUUGUGCUUCUUCUACCCCAAUGAGUUUGGUUGAAUGCUCUUAGGGUUUCACCAUUUGGUUAAUAAAGAGAACUGAGAAAAUCAGAUGAAUCAAGUUUUGAAUCUACUUCACGGUACUUUCAUCCUUCAUAAUCCUAGCUUCCGUGGCCACCACAAGGAAUCUUUGUUGUUGUUUCAGAAAAGAUCAUGUUUGUCUCAUCGAAACAGUACUGGAUUUCAGAGUUGUCGAGGUCUUCAAUCAUAUUUUCAAGUUUUCUGCCUAGCAGGAAAUUGUGGGACAAAAGAUUCUGAAGAUAAAUGCUUGGUUAUAUCUAAGGGCAAAAUCACUGAUAGAAGAGAACUUGAUGCCAUUCCACCUAUACAAACUCUUAAAGAAUAUCCUAAGGAAGAGCUUUUUGGGAAAGUUGUUAUGGUCCGAUUUGAUUCUGACAUUCUACUUAAGGAAGCACUAUAUCUGAAGAGUCCAUUAGUAAACAGAGCUGUUUUUACCAUCAAAUAUUUAUAUAAUGCUGGUGCCAAAGUAAUUCUAGCCAGUAACUGGGGUGAUUCUAGCAUCCCAGUUCAUCUCUUAGAAGAAUCUGUUGCAGAUUAUCUAUCAUCAGUUCUCCAACUCGAAGUGCUACCGGUAAAUUCUGUUUCUGGCUACGUGCAGUCUAAGGCAGAAGCACUUGAGGAAGCAGAUGUCAUUCUUCUUGAGAAUCUUUCAAAAUUUGGAGGGGAACUUUCCAAUUGUUCAAUUUUUUCUGAAAAAUUAGCGUCAGGAGUUGAUAUUUUUGUCAAUGAUGCCUUCUCCCAAUCUCAUAAAAAUCUUGCAUCAAAUGUUGGUGUUACACGCUUCUGCUAUGCUUCUGUUGCUGGUUUCCACUUUGAGGAGAACCUGUCUCAACUAAGAGAGGCCACAACAACUAACAAAUACCCAUAUAUUGCAAUCAUUGGAGGCGGCCAUCUCAUUGACAAAGCAUCUUCGCUGCAUUUCUUAGCUUCUAAAUGUGACGGACUGGUGUUUGUUGGUAUGAUGGCAUUUCAAAUAAUGCAUGCUUCAGGCCUGACUGUACCUUUAAAUUUGGUAGACCCCUCUGCAACUGAAGAUUCUUUGAAGAUAAUUCAGCUUGCAAAUUGUAGAAAAAUACCAGUUGUAUGCCUAAAGGACUUUUGGUGUGUCAAUGAUCAUCUUCCAAAGCGGUUGGAUUUAUUUCCUAUGAAUGGGAUAAUGGAUGGUUGGGCACCUGUUGAUCUUGGACCAGUUUCCUUGGGUGAGAUUUUCUCUUUGCUGUCAAAGGCCAAGAAAAUUUUGUGUAUUGGACCACUAAAAUUGAGGUCUACAGGAGAGAAUACAUGUGGAACAUCUAAGUUGGUGAUGAUGCUUGAUAAAUUAAUUCAAAAUGGUUGUGAUGUAACUGUUGUUGGGAGUGCUGCAGCCAAAGCGAUAAUGGAGACAGCAAGAUCUCCCUCAGUUUACAAUAUUGUUGCAAGUGCUUCCAUUAUAUGGGAAUUUCUUAGAGGAAGAAAGCUACCGGGGCUCUCAGCUUUAGAUAGGGCAUAUCCUUUCAAGAUUGACUGGGAUUCAAUCUUCUGUGAUCCAGUUCAACCUUUGGUGGUUGAUAUAGGAAGUGGUGAAAAAAAUGCAGGAAAUGGUUUGUUUCUCUUUGGAAUGGCUACCAGAUUGAAAGACUUAAAUUUUCUUGGCUUGGAUAUUAAUGAAAAGCUUGUCAAGCGUUGUCUCAAUUCUGUUCGUCAAUCUGGUUUAACAAAUGGAUACUUCAUUGCAACAAAUGCAACAUCAACAUUUCGGUCCAUUGUUUCCAGUUACCGAGGAAAAUUGGUUCUCAUUUCAAUACAGUGUCCGAACCCUGAUUUCAAUAAACAAGAGCAUAGAUGGAGAAUGCUGCAGAGGCCACUUAUAGAAGCGAUAUCUGAUCUUCUUACUACAGGUGGAAAGGUAUUUUUGCAAUCUGACAUAGAAGCAGUUGCAGUGAGGAUGAAAGAACAAUUUAUGAUGUAUGGCAAAGGUAAAUUUGCAGUUUUAAAUGAUGAAGAUGAUCCUAAUAUUGGUCAAGGUGGGUGGCUGAAGGAGAACCCUUUUGGCAUUCGGUCAGAUUGGGAACAGCAUGUCAUCAAUCGAGAGGCCCCGAUGUACCGAGUAAUGAUUUCAAAAAUUGAUCAAUACUAAUGAAGCAACUUUGGGUUGCUGACGUGAUUUUGGGGAUAUGGUCACAUGACUAACAAGGGAAUUAGAUGCCAAGGAUUCAAGGCUUUGCUUUGAGGAGGAUCAACCAAGUAUGUUGGGUGAGUCGGAUCGGUCAAGACACCAUCCAAUCCUCAGUCCCGGCAAGAAGGUAGAUUUUACUUCUCAAAUAAAUCUGGAGGGUUCUUUGUUCAGAUUACGUGAUGCCCCUACCAAUUAUAGAUUGUACAUAUGAUUCUUAACCAGCACCUUUGUAACAUCUGAUGUAGACAGGACUCAAAUCUUGUGAACCAUAGGCCUAUGAUGGAUGAACUAUCCUCGUGGGUUUAGGAAGACGUUUUUCCUUCCCAAAACAUUUUAGGCCAUGUUUGAUUGAAGGGAUAUUUAAUGGAAGAGAAGUGAAAUUUUUAUACUUAAAAAAUAAAUAUUUAUAAU